UCACAUUCUUCUACAAGUGUUCAAAUCUGUAAAGUGUUGAAUGACCUCUGCAAUCUCAGCUUGAAAUCAACAAAACCCUAACUUCACCAUUUGUGAAUGUCGAUUAUUAUUGAACAAUCGCCAAUGAUGAGUUCUCACCGCCAGGAACUACUGAAGGCGAAGCGCGCUCUUCUCUUUCCUUUGACGCCAGGUUUCGCCGACGUGGAUGGUCGUUUUAUCACCGGACUUUUCUCUUGGACUCGCUCGUUGGGGACUGGGGUCAUCAAAACAGAGCUUGGGCAACAAUUUUCUUGAUUUGUCCUUGGUGGGUAAGAGAAUAUGGAGAGGUCUCUUGGUAUUUGGUUGCUGCUAACCGGAACGUUGGCCAUCAUUCAUAUUGGUCAAGCUCAGAGCCAACAAGGGUUUAUCAGUUUGGACUGUGGUCUACCCCCAAAUGAACCGUCUCCUUAUAAAGAGCCGAGGACCGGAUUACAGUUCAUUUCGGAUGCAAUAUUCAUCCAGACUGGAAAACUUGGUAGAAUCCAAGCAAAUUUGGAGGCUGAGUUCCUGAAGCCGUCAACUACGCUGAGAUACUUUCCAGAAGGAACACGGAACUGCUACAAUCUAAACGUUGAGAAGGGAAGAAAGCAUCUGAUCAGGGCUAGGUUUGUAUAUGGAAACUAUGAUGGUCUUGACACUGCCCCCACGUUUGAUCUGUAUCUUGGACCUAAUCCAUGGGCCACGGUAGAUUUGCAAAAGCAAGUGAAUGGUUCACGUCCUGAGAUCUUGCACAUUCCAACAUCAAACAAGUUGCAAAUUUGUCUUGUUAAGACCGGGGAAACUACACCACUGAUAUCGGUUUUGGAAGUACGGCCAAUGGGAAAAGAUUCUUAUCUCACCAAGUCUGGUUCUCUGAAGUUUUACUAUCGAGAAUAUUUUAGCAAGUCCGCUCCUUCUCUAAGGUACCCGGAUGAUGUCUAUGACCGCCAAUGGACUUCGUUCUUUGAGAAAGAGUGGACCCAAAUUUCCACCACUAGCGAUGUGAGCAAUUCCAAUGACUACCAGCCACCGAAAGUGGCGCUCACUACUGCGGCCAUUCCAACUAAUGCCAGUGCACCAUUGACGAAUGUAUGGGGCUCAGUAGAUGUCGGUGAACAGUAUUAUGUGUACGCCCACUUUGCUGAGAUCCGAGAGUUGCUUGCAAAUGAAACAAGGGAAUUCAACAUGGUACUGAAUGGAAAACUCUUUUAUGGCCCUGUGGUUCCUCCAAAUCUAUUAAUAACUACUGUCCUAAGUGUGUCCCCGGAUACUUGCGAAGAAGGGUUAUGCAAUUUACAGCUGAUAAGAACCAACAGAUCAACUCUUCCACCUCUACUUAAUGCUUAUGAGGUCUACAAAGUUAUUCAGUUUCCUCAGUCUGAAACAAAUGAAAAUGAUGUUGCUGCUGUGAAAAACAUCCAAGCUACGUAUGGAUUGAGUAGAAUCAAUUGGCAGAGCGAUCCAUGCGUACCUCUACAGUUUAUGUGGGACGGUUUAAACUGCAGCGUCACAGAUACCUCCACGCCACCAAGAAUCACUACUUUGUAA